AUGAAGUCUACUUGGCUCAUUGUCCUCGGUGCUGUCGUGUCCGUCGUGACGCAGGAGGAAGACCCCGAAUCUCGACGACAGAGUUACCCCAACUGUGUCAAUGGGACCCUGUCCGUGAACAAGGUUUGUGACCGCACGCUGUCUCCGCCGGAGCGUGCGGCGGCUCUUGUGAAGGCCUUGACCGUCGAGGAGAAGCUGCAGAACCUAGUCAGCAAGGCGCAGGGAGCUCCCCGCAUCGGCUUGCCCGCGUACAACUGGUGGAGCGAAGCGCUUCAUGGCGUGGCCUACGCUCCGGGGACGUAUUUCCCCGAAGGCGACGUGGAGUUCAACUCGUCCACGUCGUACCCGAUGCCGCUUCUGAUGGCGGCGGCGUUCGACGACGAGCUGAUUGAGCAGAUCGGCGCCGCCAUCGGCAUCGAGGCCCGGGCCUGGGGAAACGCCGGCUGGGCCGGGCUAGACUACUGGACGCCCAACGUCAACCCGUUCAAGGACCCGCGAUGGGGCCGCGGGUCCGAGACGCCCGGGGAGGAUGUGCUACGGGUCAAGCGUUACGCCGAGUACAUCACGCGUGGUCUCGACGGGCCCGUCCCCGGGGAGCAGCGCCGCGUCAUCUCGACGUGCAAGCACUACGCCGGCAACGACUUUGAGGACUGGAACGGCACCAGCAGGCACGACUUCGACGCCAAGAUCACGGCGCAGGACCUUGCCGAGUACUACCUGAUGCCCUUCCAGCAGUGCGCCCGGGACUCCAAGGUCGGUUCCAUCAUGUGCGCUUACAACGCCGUCAACGGCGUGCCGUCGUGCGCCAACGAGUAUCUUCUGCAGAACAUCCUGCGGGAGCACUGGAACUGGACGGAACACAACAACUACGUCACAAGCGACUGCGAGGCCGUGCUCGAUGUCUCGGCAAAUCACAAGUACGCGCCCACCAACGCCGCCGGCACUGCCAUCUGCUUCGAGGCCGGCAUGGACACAAGCUGCGAGUAUACCGGCUCGUCGGACAUCCCCGGAGCCUGGUCCCAGGGCCUGCUCAAGGAAGAGACCGUCGACAGGGCGCUUCUCCGGCUCUACGAGGGUCUCGUCCGGGCGGGCUACUUUGACGGGCACGAGGCCAUCUACGCCAAGCUGGGUUGGAAGGAUGUCAACUCGGCCGAGGCCCAGAGCCUCGCGCUCCAGGCCGCCGUGGAGGGGAUUGUCCUGCUGAAAAACAACGGCACUCUGCCUCUGGAUCUGAAGCCCUCCCACAAGGUGGCCAUGAUUGGCUUCUGGGCCGACGCCCCGGACAAGCUGCAGGGAGGCUACAGCGGGAGAGCCGCGCACCUCCACACCCCGGCGUACGCCGCCCGGCAGCUCGGCCUGGACAUCACCUUGGCGUCGGGGCCCGUUCUGCAGAGGAACAACGCGAGCGACAACUGGACGGCCGCCGCCUUGGAGGCAGCCGAGGGGGCGGACUACAUCCUCUACUUUGGCGGCUUGGACACCUCGGCGGCGGGCGAGACGCUGGACCGGACGGACCUCGAGUGGCCGGAGGCGCAGCUGAUGCUGAUCAAGAAGCUGAGCGCGCUGGGGAAGCCGCUCGUGGUCAACCUGCUCGGCGACCAGCUGGAUGACACGCCCCUAUUGCAGCUUGACGAGGUCAGCUCGAUCCUGUGGGCCAACUGGCCGGGCCAGGACGGCGGCGUCGCCAUCAUGAAGCUCAUCACGGGCGAAAAGAGCCCGGCGGGCCGCCUGCCCGUCACGCAGUACCCGUCGAACUACACGGACCUGAUCCCGAUGACGAGCAUGGACCUCCGGCCGACGUCCCAGUACCCUGGACGCACGUACCGGUGGUACGACAAGCCCAUCAAGCGCUUCGGGUUCGGCCUCCACUACACGACAUUCAAGGCGGAGGUCGGGGGCGCAUUCCCCAAGACGCUGAGGAUCGCGGACCUCGUCGGGUGCGGGAACGAGCACCCGGACACGUGCCCGGCCCCGCCGCUGCCGGUCAGCAUCACCAACACGGGCAACCGCACCUCCGACUACGUGGCUCUCGCGUACCUGUCGGGCGAGUACGGGCCUCGGCCGUACCCCAUCAAGACGCUCUCGGCCUACAAGCGGCUGCGCGACGUGGCGCCCGGGGAGACGGCGACAGUGGACCUCGCGUGGACGCUUGGCGAUAUUGCGCGCCACGACGAGCAGGGGAACACGGUGCUCUACCCCGGCGAAUACACCAUCACGAUCGACGAGCCGACGUUGGCAACCGCCGCGUUCACUCUCGAGGGCGAGGAAGCGGUGCUCGACAAGUGGCCGGCCCCGCCCAGCUAA